AUGAAGAAGAAGGUAGAUCCUCGCGUCAGAGCACUUAUCGAGGCGUCGGUGGCCAACAACCAUAGGAGCUUGUUCGUGCUGGUGGGAGACAAGGGAAGGCAUCAGGUUGUCAACCUUCACUACAUGCUCUCAAAGGCGACAGUGAAGGCUCGCCCGAGCGUACUGUGGUGUUAUAAGAAGGAGUUGGGGUUCAGCUCACACAAGCAGAAGAGGAUCAAGCAGCUGAAGAAGAUGGCUCAUCGCUCGGGAACGGACCUGGAGAAGAUGAAGGAGGAUCCAUUUGAGCUCUUCAUCUCCUCUACCAAGAUUCGCUACUGCUACUACUCUGAGACGCACAAGAUUCUUGGCAACACCUUCGGGAUGUGCGUCCUCCAAGACUUCGAGGCCCUCACUCCCAACUUGCUCGCGCGGACCAUCGAGACGGUGGAGGGGGGUGGGGUAGUCGUGAUCCUGCUCAAGACCAUGUCGUCGCUGAAGCAGCUCUACGCCAUGACCAUGGACGUGCACUCUCGCUUUAGGACGGAAGCUCAUAAGGAUGUGGUGGCGAGGUUCAACGAGAGGUUCCUGCUUUCCCUUGGCAAGUGCCCUUCCGCGCUCGUGCUGGACGACGAGCUCAAUGUCUUGCCAAUCUCCAGCUCGUCUCGCAACAUGCUCUCCGCCCCGCAGACCUCUGAAGACGCCGCAAAGUCUGCGCACGACGAGGAGCUGAAAGAGCUGUGCGACUCGCUGAAAGACACGCAGCCGAUCGGGAACCUGGUUGCCCUCGCGCGCACGAUCGAUCAGGCCAAGUGCCUGCUGACCUUCAUGGAGGCAGUUUCAGACAAGACGCUCCGAUCCACGGUAGCGAUGACGGCAGGACGAGGACGAGGAAAGUCAGCAGCAUUGGGGAUCUCUAUAGCAGGAGCGAUCGCGUACGGCUACAGCAAUAUCUUCGUUACCUCUCCCUCCCCCGAGAACCUCAAUACCCUCUUUGAGUUCAUCCUCAAGGCCUUCGAUGCCCUGGAGUAUAAGGAGCACCUGGACUACCAGGUAGUCCAGAGCUCCAACCCCUCCUUCAACAACUGCAUCGUCAGGAUCAACGUGUUCCACUCGCACCGGCAGACCAUUCAGUACGUCCAGCCCCAGCACAGUCACUUCCUGAGCCAGGCGGAGCUGGUGGUGGUCGACGAAGCCGCGGCGAUCCCUCUGCCUCUCGUGAAGAAGAUGAUGGGUCCAUACCUCCUCUUCCUCUCCUCCACUAUCAACGGGUACGAGGGCACCGGCCGCUCCCUCUCCCUCAAGCUCAUCCAGCAGCUCCGCGAGUCGCAGGCGAGGGGAGCGAGCGUCGUUGAGGGCGACGACAGCGCUGGGGUCGUGCGGGCCCCCAAGAAGUCGCAGGGGGCAGAGGAGAGUAGCAUGCAGGCCUCGGGAGGACGGCUCCUGCGCGAGCUGAAGCUGGAGGUACCGAUCCGCUACUCGUCAGGGGAUAAGGUAGAGCAGUGGCUGAACGAGCUGCUGUGCCUCGACUGCACCAACAAGGUGCCGGCGCUCAGGAACGGCUGCCCCCAUCCCUCAGCCUGCGAGCUCUACUACGUCGAGAGGGACACUCUCUUCUCCUACCACAAGGUGGCGGAGGAGUUCCUGCAGAACAUGAUGUCCCUUUACGUCUCCUCCCACUACAAGAACUCGCCAAACGAUCUCCAGCUGCUCUCCGACGCUCCUGCCCAUCAGAUUUUCGUGCUCCUCGGGCCGGUCGACGACUCAGGGACUUCAACUCCCGACAUCCUCUGCGUCCUCCAGGUCUGCCUGGAAGGUCAGAUCUCAAAGGAGUCGGUCAUGUCCCAGCUGUCGCGCGGUGUCAGACAGGCGGGCGACCUCAUUCCCUGGACCAUCUCCCAGCAGUUUCAAGACGCGGAGUUUGCGGGCCUGUCGGGGGCGCGAGUGGUCAGGAUAGCGACGCAUCCGGAGGUCAGCAGGAUGGGGUACGGGAGCAGAGCCGUCGAGCUGCUGUCCAAGUUCUACGCGGGCGAGCUGAUCGGGGUGGAGGAGGUUGCAGCAGGGAAGGGAGGGAGGAAAGAGAAGGUGGAGGAGGCGGGGGGGUCGAGGCUGCUGGAGGAGAAGAUCACAGAGAGAAAGGAGCUUCCUCCACUCCUGGUCCCCGUCGCUUCCAUGCGCCCGGACCGCCUCGACUACCUCGGGGUCUCGUAUGGCAUCACGGGCGAGCUUUUCCGCUUCUGGAGAAGAGCGAAUUUCCGCUGCGUGUACGUGAGGCAAACUGCGUCGGACUUGACAGGAGAGCACACAUGCAUCUGCUUGAAGGAGCUGAACAGCGAGGACGAGGAGAAGAGCUGGCUGCUGCAGUUCGAAGCUGACUUCCGGAAGAGGUUCGAGCAUCUUCUCGGCUUCGACUUCAACAAGUUCCCUCCCUCCCUUCCCCUCGCUGUCCUCGAGCCUUCCAACGUGAGCAGCGGCGGGUCGGACGGACGGACGGACGGAAGCAGCGAGGAAGAGGAGAGGAGGAGGAGGAAGGGAGUAACGGCAGAGGAACUGGGGAGGAUCUUCACGGUCUACGACCUGAAGCGGCUGGACUCUUACGCCAACAACAUUGUGGACCAUCACAUCGUCCUCGACCUCGUCCCCAGCAUUGCCCAGCUCUUCUUUCUCGACCGCAUCCCGGUCCCCCUCUCCUUCACGCAGGCCGCCAUCCUGCUCGGCAUCGGCCUGCAGCACAAGGCUGUGGACGACCUGGAGAAGGACAUGAAGCUUGAGGCCCGUCAGAUCCUCGCAAACUUCAACAAGCUCAUCCUCCGCAUC